UCACGCCUGUGCCCGUCAAACUCAACUCUCUCUCUGAUUGGCCCAAACGGUCAGUUGACUUUCCAUAGAUGGGCGGAUUUGUAGCGCCUCGGUUGACAUUGUUGUUGUUGUGGGAGUAAGAAUGUACUUAGUCGUCAAGUCUUUUUAAGACAACAAGCAAGCCGUAUUUUUGACAUUUACACAAAGCUGAAUAACAUUACCUCCGGAGGAACUGAUUUUCUGCGAGAGAAAAGUCCAGAGUGGGAGGAAAUGAGAGAGAAAUUCCGCGAGGCCGCUCGAGGUUUUCAUGCACAACAUCUGUCUCUGACCAUUUUGCUUGUUGGAUGGUUCUCAGAGCCUGGCUGCUGAGAGAUGGGCUGUUGACCUUGUCCUGGGGGCCCAGACCUCUGAAACUGCUGUCCCGUUGUGUUUUUUUUGUGUGUUAGAAGAGGCUGACUCACUCUAACUAAUGUUAUGAAAGAUGUCAGGUGUGGCCGUAAUGGUGAUUUUGCUGUGAGGGAGAAUUGCUCUCCAGUCUUUUCUCUCCUGAUGUCCCCUUCUGCACUGUAAAUUCAUGAUCACAUGACUUUGGAUAUGGACGCAGUCCUGUCCGACUUUGUCCGUUCUACUGGAGCUGAACCAGGACUGGCCAGAGACCUGCUGGAGGGAAAGAAUUGGGACCUCUCAGCUGCACUGAGUGAUUUUGAGCAGCUGAGACAAGUGCAUGCUGGGAACCUGUCAUGCACCCUUGCUGAGGAGAGAGAGUACCCCUCCAUUGAGAAAGAGAUGGCACGAACGGGGCGGUCCCUUUUGUAUCGCCAAGAUGAGGUUGUGCAAGCAGCCACGGAGAAGCGACUGUCAAGGGGGAUCUCUCACGCCAGCUCCACCAUCGUCUCUCUGGCCCGCUCGCACGUGUCCAGUACGGGUGGCAGCAACGAGCCGCUUCUGGACACUCCUCUCUGCACCUUCCAGUUGCCUGACCUCACCGUCUACAGAGACGACUUCCGCGGCUUCAUCGAGAGAGACCUCAUUGAGCAGUCUAUGAUGGUGGCGUUGGAGCAUGCGGGACGAUUGAACUGGUGGACUCGUUUGGGCACUGGCUGUCAGAGUUUAUUACCUCUGGCUACUAGUGGUGAUGGGAAUUGCUUGUUACACGCAGCCUCGCUGGGUAUGUGGGGCUUCCAUGAUCGAGACUUGAUGCUGCGGAAGUCUCUCUAUGCACUGAUGGAUCAUGGUCAGGAGAGGGAAGCUUUAAAGCGAAGGUGGAGAUGGCAACAAACCAUGCAGAACAAAGAGUCGGGACUGGUUUACACAGAGGAAGAGUGGCAGAGAGAGUGGAAUGAGUUGUUGAAACUGGCAUCUAGUGAACCCAGGAUACACUACAGCACCAACGGCAGCAACGGUGCCGAGUCACAGGAGGAGCCGGUAUACGAGAGCCUGGAGGAGUUUCAUGUGUUUGUUCUUGCUCACGUGCUCCGCAGGCCAAUAGUGGUGGUGGCUGACACCAUGCUGCGGGACUCUGGGGGAGAAGCUUUCGCACCAAUCCCAUUUGGAGGGAUUUACCUGCCUCUGGAAGUACCAGCCAACAAGUGUCACCGCUCUCCUCUCGUUUUGGCGUAUGACCAGGCCCAUUUCUCUGCCUUGGUCUCAAUGGAGCAGAAGGACAGUUCCAAAGAGCAAGUGGUGAUCCCUCUGACAGACUCGGAUCAUAAGAUGCUGCCUUUGCACUUUGCUGUGGAUCCUGGAGAAGACUGGGAAUGGGGCAAAGAUGACAAUGACAAUGUGAUGCUAGCAAGUGUAACCUUAUCUCUGGAGGCCAAGCUCCAUCUGCUACACAGCUACAUGACUGUCACCUGGCUUCCUCUACCCUGUGAAGUACAGGCCCCACUGGCCCAGCCAGAGUCACCUACAGCGUCUGCAGGAGAAGAUGCCCGCACCCCGCAAGACUCUGGAGAGUCAGAUAAGGAGUCCGUCAGCAGCAGUUCCAACGGCAAUGGGGACAGCAGUACUACUGGAACCAGUGGGACAACAGGCAAAACAAGUGGUGGAUCUUCCAGCUCCUCUAGCUCAUCCAGUAACAGUUCAGCAGGGACAACUGGCACAAUUGGAAAGGAGAAGGGGAAGAAAGACAAAGAAAAGGAUAAGGACAAGAAACGUGCAGAUUCCGUUGCCAACAAGCUGGGUAGCUUUGGCAAGAGCCUGGGCAGUAAGCUAAAGAAGAAUGUGGGAGGCCUGAUGACGGGGAAGAACGCAAGUGGAAGUGGAGGCAAACAAGAGGGUCAGGAGAAGAAGAAAGGCUCUCUGAGAGGUCGUAAGGGCAGUAAGGACAGCUCUCCCUCCAUUCAAACUGGCUCCGAGGACUCUGGGAAAGGUUCACCCUCCUCGAUAAGCGAACGGCAAAAUGGAAGCUACUCUUCGGAAAGUGACCCUUUUAAGUACAGCUCUGAUGUGAAAGUGAGUCUGAGCAUCCUCCGAUCUGCUAUGCAAGGUGAACGGAAGUACAUCUUCGCUGCGCUACUCACUACCAGCAACCGCCAGCCGUUCCAAGAGGAGAUGAUCCAACGCUACCUGAUGGAUGCCGAGGAGCGCUUCCAUGCCGAACAGGAACAGAGGAGGGAAGCUGAACGGAAAGCAGCAGGAGGUCUUACAACUACUAGUGGAUCCCAACUGAAAAAGGAUGGGCCUGAGCUGAGUUACAGAGGUUUUGAAAGCAAAGAGGAAAUUACUGAUAACUCACCUCCUACUUUUAACACAUUGAAGUCGACUUCUUUCAGCCCGGUGAUGUACUCGGGUGUGGUCCCAAUUCCAAGGCCCACCUUCAUUGAUCAUUCUCCUACCCCAAUUGCACAGCAUCUUCAUAUGCAUGGUUACAUAGAUACACGGCGGCAGCUGGCAGGAGGUUCUCCGUCGUCUUACCCAGGCCUACCAUCCUAUGCCACCUUGCCCCGACACUGCCCCCUAGCACAGGGCCCGCCCCAUUCCCAGUACCACCCACCUUCCACCAGUUUGGGCAGCCCAUCCCGUAUCAUCACCCCCUGCCUGGCGUCUUUUUCCCAAGAGCAUGACCCAACUGACUACCCAACCGAACCUACCGGAGGCUACACAAAUGGCUUGCGGGACUUGCGCUCGACUUUGGACAGUCGAAAUGGGCCGAUGCCUGUGAGGCAUUACUCCUUGGGCAGUGCGGGUGGCCUUGCAAACCUGCAGUCCAGCAAAUGCCGAACGCCUACCUGCAAUUACUACGGCCACCCCGAGACGGGCAAUUACUGCUCGUACUGUUACAGAGAGGAGCUGAAGAGACGGGAAACAGAGCCGGCCAUCCACAGGUUUUGAAUGGACAAAUCUCUGUUCUGUUUCUCUCCUAUAGGACUCAUUGGAGCCCAACGUGUGAGCCACAUCAUAUCCUGUUUGCGUGGAUCUUGCUUUAAGACAUAAGAUCGGCCUUUCUGAACCAGGUUACUGAGACUCUGUGUCCACAAUUAAUGGGCAUUGUGGAAAUGGGACUGCUGUUGUGUUACAUUUGCUGUGGCUCAUAGGCAGGAGCUUUAAGCUCCUCCCACAUUUGCUUGAUGUGGUCAUCCUCUUACUUGUCUCCUUGUCUCCUCCUAGUGGCGAGAAUGUAGAACAAAGGCAAUAGACAUUGGAACACAACAUGCUAUGUUGCAUCACAUGGACAUGCCGCGUACCCCAAAAUACACAUUAAGCACAACCAGAAAAUGCGUAUUUAUAUUAGCUACAGUUAAUCAAGUUAUAUCAGAUGCAAUCAAAAUAAGACUUGCCAUAUGGCAACAACACUCUGUUAACUUUGAGUGUUAUCCACAUUGGCCCAUUUUACUGUAAGGCUACAUUACUUUAACUAGCACCCCUUUUAAAGCCAUACCUAGUUGGCUUAAAUUAGCUAAUAUGGUGCUUUCUCAAUUCUAAGAUGUUUAACUUAUGGAGCUGAACCUUGAAAGACAAAGGGUUCGUUUUAGGUCUUUACACAUCCUCAUUAAAAAUUGCAGUAAUUUAUGUUCUAUUAAGUGUUUCUAGAACAUUUAAAAGUGCAAAACCUUUAAAAGUAGUGCAAAAGAAAAAUCCCUUUCUCAAGGAAAGAAAAUAGACAUCAUUUUUAGAAAUGGUACAUCAUGUGGUAGUAUUCAAGUAUUAUGUUGGUUAUAUUAAUAAAUUAGUUCUAGGUA